UCUGCAGGGUGUCCUCCACCACUGCCUGUGCCUUUAAGGACUGCUGCCCUGAGCCAAGCUCUUGACCUCAGCAUCCUCAGCUGAGUUGGAUUAAGGGACCCUUUCAUGCCUUUGCGAAUUCCUUCUGCCUGCAUCCUUCCCCCACACAGAGACCGAGUAGCCAGUAGCCUGAACCGGUCCGCCAAGGGCCGUCUGAAAGUCAGUCUAGUCUGGCAGCCCUUCCCCCAAGGGAGCAGAGGCUGCCCCUUGAUAGGCAGUUUCGGAUCAGGGAGUGGGCCCUUGGCGGUCUUGGGCUAUCACAGGGACUCCAGGAAAGCCAUGCAGAGCCUUGAGCCAUGAAGGAAUGCUCAGAUAUCAUCCUCUGUGCGGAGGCGACAGAGCUGAGCAAGACUGAGUUCUGCAAUCCUGCUUUUGAGCCUGAAUCAGGGCCUCCCCCACCGGCCUUCCGGGAGGAUGCCAGCUGCAGCGUCCCGGCUCCCUGGCAUGGUCGGCGGCCCCGAGGGCUGCAGCCAGAUUGUCACUUCUCCUGGCUCUGUGUCUUCCUGCUGGCCAGCCUCCUGCUCCUGCUGCUCGGGCUUCUGGUGGCCAUCAUUCUAGCCCAGCUGCAGACUACACCCCUGCCUGGGGCCUCCUAUCACCCACUGCCCACCCAAGGCUUCACCACCACCACCACCACCCCUACCGCUCCCACCCCCUCUCCAGCAACAGGGAACCCUAAAGGACAGCUGAAGGAGGCAGGCAUGAGCCCCUCACCGCAGUCCUCCUGUGGGGGCCUCCUCCCUGGCCCAAGGGGCUUCUUCAGCAGCCCCAACUACCCAGACCCUUACCCACCCAACGCCCACUGCGUGUGGCAUAUCCAGGUGGCCGCGGGCCAUGCAGUACAACUCAAGAUUGAAGCGCUCAGCAUGGAAAGCGUGGCCUCCUGUCUUUUCGAUCGUUUGGAAAUCUCCCCUGAGCCUGAGGGCCCCCUCCUCAGAGUGUGUGGGAAGGUGCCUCCCCCUACACUCAACACCAACGCCAGCCGCCUCCGGGUGGCCUUCGUCUCUGACAGCAGCGUGGAAGGAUCUGGUUUCCAUGCCUGGUACCAGGCCGUGACCCCCGGGAACGGGAACUGUGCUCAUGACGAGUUCCCCUGUGACCAGCUCGUCUGCCUGCUACCUGACUCAAUGUGUGACGGUUUUGCCAACUGUGCUGACGGCAGCGAUGAGGCCAACUGCAGCACCAAGCUCUUGGGGUGUGGGGGGAAUCUGACUGGGCUCCAGGGCACUUUCUCUGCUCCCAGCUACCUGCAGAGGUACCCUCACCAACAGCUUUGCACCUGGCAUAUCUCGGUGCCUGCGGGACGUGGCGUGGAAUUGCAGCUGUACAACUUCAGCCUAGAAGCUCAGGACGAGUGCGAGCUGGACUACGUGGCGGUGUAUGAGACCAGCACCUCAGGGGCCCUGGGCCUCCUGGGCAGGUUCUGUGGAGCGGAGCCACCACCUCGCCUCAUCUCCUCCAGCCACCAGCUGGUGGUGCUCUUUAGGACAGACCGUGGCAUCAGCAGUGGGGGCUUCUCUGCCACCUACAGGGCCCUCAAUGCCACAGAGAAUCCCUGUGGGCCCGGAGAGUUCUCCUGCCGCGAUGGAGGGUGUAAGAGUCCGCAGUGGAUGUGUGACACGUGGAGAGACUGCACAGAUAGCAGCAAUGGCAACUGCAGCAGCCCCUUGCUCCCGCCCCCAGAGCUGGCCUGUGAACCCGUCCAGGUGGAGAUGUGCAUCGGCCUGAGCUACAACGCCACAGCCUUCCCUAACAUCUGGGUGGGCAUGGCCACCCAGGAGGAAGUGAUGGAGGUCCUCAGAAGUUACAAGAGCCUGACAAGUCUACCCUGUUACCAGAACUUCCGGAGGCUCCUCUGUGGGCUGCUUGUGCCCCAUUGCACCCCCACAGGCAGCGUCCUUCCCCCUUGCCGCUCUGUCUGCCAGGAGGCAGAGCUCCAGUGCCAGUCCGGCCUGGCUCUACUGGGCACCCCCUGGCCUUUCAACUGCAACAGGCUGCCUGAGGCGGCUGGCCUGGAGGCUUGUGCCCAGCCCUGACCCUGAAGCAGGCACCUGCCCUCUGCCUGCCCAUCCACCUUUGCCUAUCAGGGCGGGCAGGCAGGGGACUCUGCCCAUCCUCUCUGGAGCCUCCCAGGGAGGGGAAGAGGAGUCCCCAGAGGGGCUGAUGGAAGCUUCCCUGUCCCUUUACUUGCCCCAGCUCCACACCAUGCCAUUGACAGUGAGGACUGCUUCCCACCCAAGCCUCUGACCCCCAUUUCCUAUCUUCUGCCCUCCCCUCGCCACCUCCUUUUUCAGGUUCUCCAUCACCUGCCUUUUGACUUUUGUCAUUUAUUCAACAAAAAUGUAUUGAGUGCCUAGGAAUUGUGGCAGGCCCUGCUCUGAGUCCUGGGGAUCCGGUUGUCCGUCUGCCUCUAGAACUCUCCAACCUGGGUUCUCAGCUUCUAUUUCCCCUGGACUAGUCUGGUCCUUGGUCUCCAUCACCGCACCACCUCUCCUUCGGCUCCUUGGAGCAGUGGGUGUCCUGAGUGUCUGUCUCACACAGCUCUGCCUCUCUGUGCCCAGCUAAGACUCUCUCCCCCUCCUUUCUCUCCCAAACCUUGGCCAGCGGCCGGGCGACACCACGAGUUAUUUCCCUGCUAUUUCCCGGCUCGGAGUUCUUGGCCCCUGAACAACUGGUUUCCUCUUGGAGUCUGGGAGGAGCAGAGCGGAGCCGGCAGGGAGCGAACCGGGACCAGGGGGGCGAAGAGGGCAGGGGACGCCUGGCAGGGGAGAAGCGCGGGGGCGGGACAGGGGUCAGCUGGAGGGUCCGGAGAAGCGAGCGAGCGCCCCGAAGGAGGCCCCGGGAGCCGG